CAUUUAGUAUUUGGAUCAUGUUUUCGACAACACGGAAUACAGCUUUCCUGGAAAUAGAGUAACGAUAUGUCUUUCGAUACAAUAACCACUGUGCUUCUCAUUCGAAACUGACUGAGGAAGAGAGGUUAGGAGAGGUCCGUGGCCAAAGAGGGGAUGACAUGCAUGUUCCGAGGCUGUUAACAUCGCUGAGGAUUAGAAGACCAAUAGGCUGCCAAGAGCUGUCAAGCCAUGAUGGACAUACUGUACACAGGCCCUGUCCCGGCAGACGGAGGGUCUGGGUCUCCAAUGACUGUCAGCGAGAUGUCGCCCAGCCGGGCUCAACGGCAGACCAACACUCAGAGACCUAACACAUGCUGCUUCUGCUGGUGUUGCUGCUGUAGCUGCUCAUGUUUCACUGUUAGGAAUGAAGAGGACAGAAGGAGGAAAUCCCUGCAGACGCAUCUGGAGACCAUAUCAAACUGUGAACCUAGCACCAAACCAACAUUAGAGGAGAUGAGCGUUUGGUCCCAGUCGUUCGACAAGCUGAUGAAGAAUCCUGCAGGUCGGAACGUGUUCAGAGAGUUCUUAAGGACUGAGUACAGCGAGGAGAACAUGUUGUUCUGGCUGGCCUGUGAAGACCUCAAACAGGAGAUGAACAAGAACACAGUGGAGGAGAAGGCACGCAUGAUCUACGAGGACUACAUCUCUGUCCUGUCUCCCAAAGAGGUGAGUCUGGACUCCCGGGUGAGAGAGGUGAUUAACAGGAAGAUACAGGAGCCUACGCCCCACACCUUUGAGGACGCCCAGCUUCAGAUCUAUACCUUAAUGCACAGAGACUCCUAUCCUCGUUUCCUCAACUCGUCUCUCUACAGAUCACUGGUUCACCCAGGCUCCCGCACCUCCUCAGAGUCCUAGGUUCACCCAGGCUCCCGCACCUCCUCAGAGUCCUAGCUUCACCCAGGCUCCCGCACCUCCUCAGAGUCCUAGGUUCACCCAGGCUCCCACACCUCCUCAGAGUCCUAGGUUCACCCAGGCUCCCACACCUCCUCAGAGUCCUAGGUUCACCCAGGCUCCCACACCUCCUCAGAGUCCUAGGUUCACCCAGGCUCCCACACCUCCUCAGAGUCCUAGCUUCACCCAGGCUCCCGCACCUCCUCAGUCCUAGGUUCACCCAGGCUCCUGCACGUCCUCAGAGUCCUAGGUUCACCCAGGCUCCCGCACCUCCUCAGAGUCCUAGCUUCACCCAGGCUCCCGCACCUCCUCAGAGUCCUAGCUUCACCCAGGCUCCUGCACCUCCUCAGAGUCCUAGCUUCACCCAGGCUCCUGCACCUCCUCAGAGUCCUAGGUUCACCCAGGCUCCCACACCUCCUCAGAGUCCUAGGUUCACCCAGGCUCCCACACCUCCUCCGAGCCCUAGCUUCACCCAGGCUCCCACACCUCCUCAGAGUCCUAGGUUCACCCAGGCUCCCACACCUCCUCAGAGUCCUAGCUUCACCCAGGCUCCCACAGCUCCUCAGAGUCCUAGCUUCACCCAGGCUCCCACACCUCCUCAGUCAUAGGUUCACAACAUUUCACUCACUCACUCACACUCCUCUCUCUCUCCCUGUCACAUUCUUGAUCACUCUCUCUCUCUCUCUCU